AUGGUGAUUCUUGGCAAAUUUGAGUUGGCAUCAGGCCAAAAAGUGAAUAGAUCGAAGUCUUCAAUUUUCUUUAGCACAAAUAUGAAUCUGGAUAAAAAACAGCAGGUCUGUGACAUUGUUCAAAUGAUGGAAGCGAAUGAUAAUUGCACUUACCUGGGGUUGCCAAACAUGAUGCAGCAUAGUAAGACGACGACUUUGAAGUUCUUGAAGGAUCAGGUAAUAAGGAAAGCAUUAAGUUGGGAUGUGAAAAUAAUCUUUAAGGGAAAGAAAGAAGUCCUAGUGAAAUCAGUAAUACAAUCUUUUCCGACAUACGCUAUGAGUGUAUCUUUGUUGCCGCUAGAGAUUACAAAAGAUCUUGAAACAAGCAUAUCAUGGUUUUGGUGGAUAUCUAAGAAAAAUGAUAGUGGAAGUAUUCAUUGGAUGAGCUACGAGCGCUUAAGCCGACAUAAUUCGUGUUUGGGAGAUGGAAUUUAG